AGCUGAAGAGUAUCUGCGGCUAUCCCAGGUGAAAUGCACGGGAUUAAUGGCUCAAAUGACAGCGACAGGCAGUGCUGUGAUGUGCCUGGACCUAGCAGCUGGUUUCAUGAAACAACCAGUUGACAAAAGCUAUUUUGUUAAACUCUCUGGUUUGAACAAGACUACAUACCAGAGCUCGAUGAAGUCUUUGGAAUAUUUGCUAGAAGUGAACCCCAGACUGGGAAUGCGAGACUUGGCUGUGCAAUUCUGCUGCACAGAGGCAGUGAACACCGCUUCAAAAAUACUACAGAGGUAUGAAUCCAGCCUCUCUGAAGCACAGCAAAUGGACCUUGAUUUCUCAAAACCACUUUUUAUAACAGCUGCACUAUUCACUGCAUGCAGGUGUUUGAAGCUAAAAGUGGACAAAACUAAAAUGCUGGCUACAUCUGGGGUCAAAAAAGCAAUAUUUGACAGGCUGUGCAAUCAGCUGGAAAAGAUGAGCCACCAACUCAGCAAAGAUGUUCCACUGGCUGCAGAGACGCCUGAAAGCUUACAGACCAACCUGAAGUGCUGUGAGAAGGAAGAUGGAUCUGAAGGUGAGGAGAUGCCAUGUAAACGACCAAAGACCGAAACAAAGCAAGACUACGAAGAAUGGAAAAAGAAAAUCCUGGAAAACGCUGCUAAGGCACAAGAGACAAGUAGGAAUACUGCCUCUGUAGUGCCACCUAGUAAUGUAACUGCUGCUUGCUCGUAAUUUUAACUCCCCCUCUGCUCUGACAAGAGUUCCAGUAGCAUGUGAGUGAUGGCUGCCU